GAAAUUUUUAUUUGUACCGCGUGGUACAAAUAGAAGUCGUGUUUCCUGUUUAUUCUAGCCAAUAUAAAUUAAUCAGCUAUGGCUCCGAUAACCAGAACCUUUGCGGCUCCCCCAAAUUUCGACAAGAAUGGGUUGGACGGAGAUAGGGUUGUCAUAUCGGGUAUGGCGGGGCUAUACCCAGAGUGUCAUAAUGUUAAUGACCUUUCAAAGAUCCUUUAUAACAAGGAAAAUCCCGUAAAUGCAGACAAUCCUCGCUGGCAAUAUGAUCAUCCAGAAGUGGCUCACUUCACGGGUAAAGUGCCAGAACUCACGUUGUUUGAUGCCCAAUUCUUCAAAGUCCACUAUCGUCUAGGUAACAACAUGGAUCCUAUGGGCCGGAAAAUUUUGGAACAAGCAUAUCAAGCUAUUUAUGACGCAGGUAUUAGUCCGACCGAACUUAAUGGAAAAAAAGUUGGUGUCUAUAUUGGAAGUUGCUUCUCUGAAACUGAAAAGGCUUGCUUCUAUGUCUCAAGUUCGAGAACUGGAUUCGGUAUUGCAGGGUGUAGUAAAACGAUGUUUGCAAAUCGCAUCUCUUAUUGGUUGAAUGCUAAAGGGCCAUCUAUGGCUAUUGAUGAAGCCUGCAGCAGUUCGACCGGAGCCCUUGAAUUGGCCUAUUUAGCAAUUACUCGAGGUGAAUGUGAAGCAGCUAUAGUAGGAGGUGCUAAUUUAUGCUUGCAUCCUCAAUCUUCUGUUCACUAUGGAAGAAUUAUGCAAAUGUGCAUGGAUGGUAAAACAAAAUCGUUUGACACUAAUGCAGGAGGCUGUGCAAAAUCUGAAGCUAUUAAUGUUUUAUUCCUGCAAAAGGCUAAAAAUGCUUUAAGAGUGUACGCGGAAGUAGUUCACGUCAAAUGUGAAUUUACGUCGAUACUGAAAAACGAAAGAGGAUCGAGGUAUGGUUUCUACCGAAAUCCAUCAGAUACAGCCAACUUCAUUAAGCGUUUCUAUGAGGAAGCUAAGAUUUCGCCGGAAGCUGUUGAAUAUGUCGAAGCUUUCGGUUCAGCUGUUUCCGAAGCUGAUAAAUCGGAAUUGGAAGCAAUUGAAGAAGUUUACUGUCAAAAUAGAAGCCAGCCGCUUUUGGUUGGUAGCAUUAUGUCCAAUAUUGGAUAUGGGGAAGCUGCUUCGGGAAUAUCAUCGAUUACUAAGGUUCUUCUAGGGUACCAAACUGGUAAGCUUGCAGCGAAUUUACACUGUGAUUCGCCGCGUCAGGAUGUAGCAGCUCUGCGUGAUGGAAGGAUUAAGAUAAUUACUGAUCACCAGAGCUUUGGCCGCCAAUACACUGCCGUUAAUGGAAUGUCAGUCACUGGAGUCAAUACACACGUUCUUUUGUAUGGCCAUUACAAGCCAAAGGAUCCAACACGCUACAAAUCCAGUAUACCACAGCUAGUGACAUUAUCAGGAAGACAAGAAUCGUCUGUAAGGAAAAUUAUUGAUGACUUAAAAUCUCGACCCAUUGAUCCCGAGGAGUUGGCACUGUUUAGAAAUAUACACAAAACCAGCAUUUUUGGUCACUUAGGAAGAGGAUAUGCGAUACUUGACACAAACGAAAAUAAUGAAACCGUUAGCCUUGCUGAGAAAACUGAUUACUUUGAUGACGUUAAGCGGCCACUUUGGUUCGUAUACAGCGGUAUGGGAUCCCAGUGGGCGGGUAUGGGUGCACAACUCAUGCGGAUACCGGUUUUCGCUGCGUCUAUUGAACGUUGUCGCCGAGCCUUGGAACCGAAAGGAAUCGAUAUAGUUCAUAUUAUAACGUCACCUGAUAAAAAAAUAUUUGACAACAUUUUGCAUUCGUUUGUCGGUAUCGCGGCCGUUCAAAUUGGUCUCACUGAUGUCCUUACUGAGCUGGGAAUAAUUCCUGAUAAGAUCAUUGGACACAGUGUUGGCGAACUAGGAUGCGCAUAUGCAGAUGGUUGUUUUACAGCCGAAGAGAUGAUUCUAUCUGCUUACAGUCGAGGGUUAGUGUCCUUACAGACUCCUUUCAUAAAAGGAUCAAUGGCCGCUGUCGGCAUUGGAUACCAACAGAUAUCUAAAAUGUGCCCACCAGAGAUUGAAGUUGCAUGUCAUAAUGGUCCCGACUCUAGUACGAUUUCAGGACCUGCGAAUGUUAUGAGAGAAUUUGUUGCCUAUUUGACUUCGAAAGAUAUUUUCGCCAAGGAAGUGCCAUGUUCAAACAUUGCAUACCACUCUCGUUACAUUGCUGAAGCAGGUCCUGGUCUGCUUAAAUAUUUAACCGAAGUAAUCAAAACGCCUAAGCCCCGAAGUGAGCGUUGGGUAUCAACAUCAGUUCCACAAGACCGCUGGGAUGAACCACUUGCUAAGUACUCCUCGGCUGAAUACCACACCAAUAAUUUACUGAAUUCGGUACUUUUUGAAGAAACGGCGGUAUUGAUUCCACCUAAUGCAGUACUAGUGGAAGUCGCGCCACAUGGUCUUCUUCAGGCUAUUCUCAAAAGAUCGCUACCUGACUCUUGCAGACAUAUACCGCUUACAAGACGUGGACAUCCAGACAAUGCACAAUUCUUGCUUGAAGGUGUCGGAAAGCUUUAUAUGGAAGGAUAUAAUCCAAAAAUAGAAACCCUCUAUCCCAAAGUUGAGUAUCCUGUUUCUACUGGAACGCCAAUGCUUUCACAUUUAGUAGAGUGGGCCCACACUGAACGAUGGAAUUUAGCUCUCUAUAUGGCAGCACAUAGAAAAACGGCAGCCGCUUCCAAAAAUAUAAUAUCAACUCACGAUGAUAAUAAUAAAUAUUUGAAAGGUCAUGUGAUCCAAGAUAAGAAUAUGUACCCAUUUGCGGCGGUACUCGUAGCAGUUUGGGAUACUUUAGCAAUGGUGUCAGGAGUAGAGCGAAAACAGUUGUCGGUGGAGUUCCGAGAAGUGCAACAACAUUCGCAGCUGCCACUCCACAAUCAACGACAACUUAGAAUCAACAUAGCUCUGCAUAGAGGCACAGGAAGAUUUGAAGUUUUGAGCAAGAAAAUAAAAGUUGCAACAGGUUUUAUAAUUGGAGAAAUAAAAGACGAAAAACCUAAAGACAACCUCACAUCUAAUGAACCCAUGAUUUUAAAAUCAGACGAUAUUUAUCAAUUACUGCAUUCAAAGGGCUAUAAUUAUUCUGAUGACUUUAGAAGUAUCUAUAACGCAAAUAUGUCUUUAAAUGAAGCGAAUAUAAUAUGGCGUGAUAAUUGGGUAACAUUCAUAGAUGGCAUAAUUCAAUUAAAUACACUUAGGCGAACAUAUGAUAAAGUUUCUCAACUUUAUUCUAUAAGCAAAAUCGUAAUCAAUGUGGAAGAUCAUUUGAAGAACGCAAUAUCAAUAAAUGACGAUACAGUGGUUAUGCCUGCUAAAGUAAAUGACUUACACAAUUACACGAGGUGUGGAGGAGUUGUUAUAGAAAAUAUAAGAUUUCAUGACUUACCACCGAUACUAAACAAGAAUGUGACACUUAAAACUGUGCAUAAAAAUAAACUUGAUGCUAUUGAUGACGGAAAAUAUUACGUGCCCUUACGCGGAAAUCGUGAAAUGACACUAGAAAUUAAGCGAUAUGGUGAUCUGGACUCUUUGCACUGGGUGGAUGGAUCAGAAUCACAUGAUGAUAAUGGUGUAAAAGUGACGGUUCGCUAUGCAGGUAUAAAUGAUGUGGAUAUGAAGAAGAAAAUGGGACUAAUUGCUUUAGAUAAAGACCAAACACAGGCCAUGCUCGAUUUCAGUGGAGUUACCGAAAGCGGAGCACGUGUUAUGGGAAUCGUUUAUGACAAAUCAAUUAAAACAUCCGUGAGAGCGAAACCGGAACUAUUGUGGCCAGUACCAGAUCAUUGGAGCCUUGAAGAUGCUGCAACUGUUCCUUUGGCAUACAGUGUGGCGUUCUACUGUCUUGUAAUGAAGAGCAAAUUUAAAAGUGGCAUUAAUUUGUUCGUCCACGGCGGUGCUGGUGCUCUUGGUCAAGCUGUUAUAUCGAUUGCCUUAGCUCAUGGUUGUCAAGUUUUCACAACUGUAAGUGAUACCAAGAAGAAGCGAUUCUUGCAAAGGUUAUUCCCGGAACUGAAAGGUGAAAACAUUGGAAACUCGCGUGAUACAAGUUUCUCGGAUAUGGUCAUGACUGCUACGAAAGGCAAAGGUUGCAAUGUUGUAAUUAGUUGUGUUCGUGGAGAAAUCAAAAACGCUACGAUGAGAUGUUGUCACGUAUCAUCAACUUUCAUCGAUGCAGCAGUUUUACUGAAUCGCGAAGAAUUUUUCUUUGGAAUGAAGUAUCUGACAAAAUCAGUAUCGUACUGCACCCUUGAUUUGAACUCAAUUGUAGAACUUAAUAAACUAGAUGAGUUAAAGCAAUUGCAACAAAUGUUAAGCGAAGGGAUCGCCCGCGGAUACGUAAGGCCUCUGUCACGUGUGACUUACACGCCCCAAGACGUGGCGAGGGCUUACCGCUUGCAAGCCGGCAGUCGCCACCGAGGCCGCGUACUCAUCAACUUACAAGAGGACCCGUCUUACGUGCAGACUAAAAUAAGCUGCUCACCUAAUCUUUACCAAAUUAUAUUGUUGGAAAAUGAAAUAUUAGGAUCGCAUUUAGUUGAAAGAUUGAUAAACCGAGGCGCCAAAGAGUUCAUUUUAAUUUCUUCAAAUCAAUCGAACUAUCUUUCUUACAAAUUAAGAACAUGGGAAGCACAAGGGGUUCAUGUUCAAGUACUGCUUAAAAAUGUAUUGAAUACAACACAUCAAAAUGUAUUUGAAAACAUUAAAUCAAUUGGAAUCGAAGGUAUAUAUUACGUUGCUAAACCAGAUGUUCAAAGAGAUAGCGCCAGAACUACCUUGGAACAGUUAAUGCUACUUGCACAGCGAUCCUAUUCGACGUUGAAAUUCUUCGCUGUCAUAAGUAAUGACAAUGACGAUUGGAUGAAAAUCACAAUGGAUAAACAUCCCGAGAACUUGACUCUGAUUAAGUUACCGACUUUGAAACAGGAGACAAAUAUUGGAACCAAAGGAACUUUUUCAGUAUAUGACGCUAUUGAUGCCGUGGAAAAAGCGCUGUGCUCAAAACAACACGUUAUAGUUGUACAAUCUGUUGAAGAGUCUCCCAAGUCUCUAUUACAACAACUAAGUGCAUUAGUCGGUAUACAAGUACCAGACGAUGCACCAAAUGAAGCGACUUUACAAGACUUUGGCAUAGAUCCCGCCAAUUUUGGAGUCAUACAAGUUUAUAUGCGUGAUAUCUGUCAUAUAUUAUUAGACGAGCGUGACGUCCAAUUGUUAACUAUUGAAAAUAUUCGUGACAUAGAGACCGGUUUAUCAGAUACUAUUUUUGAAGAAACCAAAGGCUUAGAAACAUUCAUUUCCUACGUCGAUCAAGAUGAGCUUCUAGCAACUACUGAGAUGGUGUUUUUACCGACGCUUACAAACAUUUCAGCACAGCGUGACGAUGAAUUUGACGUAAGCCAAACAUAUCUGAGUGUGGUACCGGGAGUGGAGGGUCACCAUGCUCGGUUCCAAAUGCUGUGUGAAAGACUCAAGCUACCCGCAAUUGUGCUACAGCCUGGAUUGGACUCACCACACCAGACGAUACAAGAAAUGGCAGAUAGAUUCGCAAAAGUUCUUCUCAAAAAGAAAUUGUCGGAUGGAUUUUACUUAUUAGGAUAUGAAAGUGGUGUACUAACAGCGCUAGAAAUGGCGGCGAUUUUCGAAGAACAAGGUUUAACUGGCACUGUUUUCUGCAUCGGCGGCGCACCUAAUGAUAUACAAGAACACUUUGAAGAUAAACUUAAGAAUUUCAAUACCGAAGAAGAAUUGCAAGAUGCUGUAGUGCAGCAUAUGUACAAAUUAAUGACUAAUGAUGAAAAUACAAAGCGUUUAGACAGCGUAUUAGAAAACAGCAUGACUUGGAAUGAAAAGGUAUCCGCGUGCGUUAAAAUUCUCUCGGGUCACGUGGUACAUUCAAACCAAUACACUGAAGAGAAUAUUAAAGCAGCAUACGCCAGAAUAAUUCAAGUUCGCAAGUGUAAAAUUCAACCGCGUCGACUUCGUUCGAAGAUUAUAUCUAUGCGACCUAAAUCUACCAAAGUUCGUCAAACAUCUUCGCUACAAGAUUAUUCAAUGCAACCUAUUGUGGAGUACGAACUGGAAGCUCCAUUAGCUUUUGCUGCACAAGAUCUACGUGGCAGUGCCAUUAUAAACCGCCACCUAGAUCCUACUAUCCUGGAAUCAUUUGAAAAGAGAAACCUGUGUGAGACGUACAUCUUGAAUUCUGACACAUUCAUGUCGAGCCACGAUGAUGUGUAAUAUAUUUUAAUUUAUUUUCUUUUAUUAUUCAAAUAAAUAUAUUCCAAGCAUA